CAAAAGUUACUUACAUUUAUAAAGAAAUAUUUCUUAUACAGAACUGGAGUGUAAUUAGUUUUUAGCGUAUCGUAUUUAAUCUAUGAAAUCAAUUAAGAAACCUGUAUUAUUAUUCAAAUAUGUGUAACGAUAUCGACAUGUCAUCCAAAUUAACUGUUCACAGAAUUGACGAUAGUAAUAAUAUAAAGUAUUUGUACAUAACUAUAGAUGAAAAAGAUAACAGUAAAUGUAAAUUUGGCAAUUGGGUUGAUGGUAAGGCAGAAUUAAAAAGGAAAGAUACAGAAAAAUUAAGGUUUGUUGUUAAGAUUACGACCGGCGAAGAUAAUACACCGUUUAAUAUAGAACAAUUAGCGAAAUUAAUAAAUGUAACAGAAGAUAAUCAAAAAUCUGUUCUACAUAAUUAUGUACGUAAUCCUACAUCUUCUAGCAAAGAGCCAGAUAGUGACAGAUUUGUCGAAAGCCCAUCUAAUAAUAUGUUCAAUGUAAAUGUGACCAAAAAACAAACUGCCGAAAGUAUAAACAAUCUCCUUAAGAUUAAACAAAGAAAUAUCAACGGUGAUGACACGAGUCCAUUAGAAUACACUCUACAAAGAGUAAAAGAAAAUAAUGCUAAAAUUUUGGAGAAUAUCAGUUUAUUGAACAAAACACUGAAUUACACGAAAAAGAAAGAGAUAAACGAUUUAUUUUGUUCCAAACCGUUGCGUUCCUAUCCAUGUGAAACUUGUGGCAAAUGUUUCGUUUACGAAACAGGUCUCCGGAGGCACUACCUUGUGAGACACGCCAGCACAGAUAACCAACCUCGUUGGCAAAUUGUUUGGACUUGCGCUGUAUGCUUUCAGGUUUGGCCACGUAAAGAUUUAGCAACGCAUCACUCAAAUUUCUGCUGCGAAUCAGAGAAGGAAACUCCCAGUAUCCGAGAAAUAAAAACAUCAUCACUAAUUCAAUGCGAGUUUUGUGAAAAAGUUUUCACCAGCAUACCACGUCUUCUGAAUCAUUGUAAGAUUCACUCAUCAAUGAAGAACUAUGAGUGUAAUGCUUGUAAGAUUGGAUUUGUGUCAUAUAAGAUAGCUGAACAACAUUGGCUUUUGUGCCCUUGGGUAUCAAUCUGCUAUAAGUUUUCACUACCAAAGAUGUUACUUUGUAGUUCAUGUGACCGUAAAUUUAGGAAUUAUGAUCAUCUAUACAAUCACAAGUACAAGACCAGUCAUUUUUUGUCCAAAAAUAAAUAUGAAAAUGAUGUGAAAUGUGCUGUAUAUCAAUGUGAAUUGUGCGCUAAAAUAUUUGAAGACACUGAACAACUAGAAACACACAGAAGUCAUAGUCAUCCACGCUACAACCCUAUUAUUCUUUAUAAUAACUGUAUGUUUUGAUAUUCUCCAAUUAUUGACUUUUAUUUUAGUAUUUUUUUUUUUAAUCCGUUUAAUUUCUAAUUUUCUUUUCAGAGAAAUGAUACAUCUAGAUUAUUGUUUUCAAAAUUUAUCUGGUGGUAGGGGUACUAACAAUAACAGAUGCAUAAGCACAUCUGUGUACAAACUGAACAAAUUUUUAUCCAAGCCACUAUGUCAUUACAUCAAAAGUAUAUACCCUUGUUAAUGUUUCAAUUGCCUAAUAUAAUAUUGUUUGCUUAUAAAUAAAUAUUUUGAACUGUACAUUUUAA